AUGGUUCUGUUGACUUCUUCAUUUCUGUAUGAUUUAGUUUUGUUUGUAGUUAUUUUUUUAACCACUUUUAUUUUGUAUUAUAAUUACAAAUUGAGUUAUUGGAAAAGAAGAGGUGUUAUUACUAGAAAAACAGUUUUUCCUUACGGAAAUGCAGAGAAAAUUGUCAAACAAAAACUUCAUUUUGGCUUGGAAUGGGCCAGUAUGUACAAUGAUUUUAAAAAGAAAGGUCAAAGAUAUGGAGGUGGAUAUCUCUUCAUAAAGCCCGUAUUCAUUCCUUGCGACUUGGACCUUGUUAAAGACAUUCUGCAAACAAAUUUUAACCAUUUUUCGAGUCAUGGAAUAUACUACAAUGAAGAAGGAGACCCCCUAUCAGGCCAUCUCUUUGCUUUGGAUGGCGAAAGAUGGAGAAAUAUGAGGGUCAAAUUGACCCCAACAUUUACAUCAGGUAAAAUAAAGAUGAUGUUUAACAUACUCAUCAAAUGUGGCGAUAUCUUCGAACAAGUCAUCGAAAAACACUCAGAAACUGGAGAGGUAUUUGAAAUUAAAGACCUGACGAGUCGUUUAACCAUCGACAUCAUCGCUUCUACAGCUUUUGGUUUGGUUACAAACUCCAUCGAAGACCCAGGAAACGAUUUCGCCACCAAAUGCACCACAUUUGUCGCGCCGGGCAUACAAACCAUCAUUACGCAAGUCUUACAGUUUUUUCUGCCUCAUUCGUUUUUAAGGAUGGCUAAUAUUAGGGUUAAUGACCCGACGGUAGCAAAUUUCUUCUUGGAUGUCAUAAGGAAAACUGUGGACUACAGAGAAAAGAACAAUGUGUAUCGUAAAGAUUUUCUUCAUUUACUAUUGCAAUUAAAAAACAGAGGUGUGGUAUCGGAUGAUGGGAAAAUAUUCCCUCAAAAUGAUGGCGAGAAAAACAGCGCUACUUCCAUAACAUUCAAUCAACUGGCUGCACAGGCUUUUCUUUUUUAUUUUGGCGGUUUUGAUACUUCCUCGAAUUUAGUUAGCUAUGCGUUUUUUGAGUUGGCUUAUAAUCCUGAUGUUCAAAAGAAGUUACAAGCAGAAAUAAAGAAGGUUUUUGAGAAGUAUGAUGGAGACUUAACGUAUGAUUCUCUCAAUGAAAUGAAGUAUAUGCAUAUGGCUAUAUUGGAAACUUUAAGAAAGUACCCUGCAGUGCCAAUCAAUCCGAGACAGUGUACAAAGGACUACAAAAUCCCCGGUACAAAUAUAGUCAUUGAAAAAGGUACCACCACCUUUAUUCCAACCAUGGCAAUACACUAUGACCCAGACAUUUAUCCUGAUCCUGAUAAAUUCGACCCAGAAAGGUUUUCUGAUGAAAAUAAGGCAAAAAGACAUCCUUCAGCUUGGUUGCCUUUUGGAUUGGGACCUAGAGAAUGCAUAGGAUUGAGAUUUGCCCUUAUGCAAAUAAAAGUAUGCCUUGUGAAAGUUUUGAAAGAUUACGACGUUACUUUGAACGAAAAAACUAUUGUGCCCUUCAGAUUUCAAAAGCAUGGACUAUUUUUGGUUCCAGAAGGUGGUAUAUGGAUUAAUGUGUCCAAACAAACUCAUUAA